UUAUUUGAUAGUAAUAUUCCCGUGGCUUAAAACGAACACAAAAUACAAAUAUCAUUAUGUAUAGUCUGCAUCAGCACCGAACCUCACAAAUCUCUCUCCCUAGCUCUCUCCUGUAUCUCUAGAUCGCCGUUCUCUCUCUGCUUAUCGCCGGUUAAGAUGGUAAUGAUGAUAUAUUGUAGUGACGCAAAGGCGUUAAGCUGCAGGCUACAUCUCUUAACUUAAGUAGAUGGGCUGCUUUCAGUCAGUGGCAACAAAGCAAUUUCCUGGACGCGAGGAUCCAGUAGCUCUGGCUUCUCAAACUGCUUUCAGUGUUAGCGAAGUUGAAGCACUGUUUGAGCUAUUCAAGAGUAUAAGCAGUUCUGUGAUUGAUGAUGGUUUAAUUAGCAAGGAGGAAUUUCAAUUGGCUUUAUUCAAGAACAGAAAGAAAGAGAAUCUUUUUUCAAAUCGGAUCUUUGAUCUUUUCGACGUUAAAGGAAAAGGUGUAAUUGAUUUUGGUGAUUUUGUAAGAUCACUCAAUGUCUUCCAUCCAAAUGCCUCACAAGAAGACAAAAUUAACUUUUCAUUUACUCUCUAUGAUAUGGAUGGCACUGGAUAUAUUGAGCGACAAGAGGUUAAGCAAAUGUUAAUUGCUCUUUUGUGCGAGUCCGAUAUGAAGCUGGCUGAUGAGGCCAUUGAGACGAUACUUGAUAAAACUUUUCUAGAAGCUGAUAUUAAUCGGGAUGGGAAGAUUGAUAGAUCGGAGUGGCUCAAUUUUGUUGGAAAAAAUCCAUCAUUAUUGAAGAUAAUGACUCUUCCAUAUUUGAGGGACAUAACAACGACGUUUCCAAGUUUUGUUUUCAAUUCCGAGGUUGAUGAUAUUGCCACUUGAGUAUAAUAAGUUCACACAUAUAGUCUAGCACUUUAGCAGGUUUCAUUUGUAGGGGUAUAAUUUGUAUUGUUUUAAGUGGAAGUAGCGGGCUCUUUUUGGCAGUUUUUCUUGGAAGCCAUGUUUGAUUUUUGUUCUUUACCAAGCAAAAUUAUAUUGUAAUUUUUUGACCAAGCCAGGUUAUAUUGUAAUUCCAAACAAAAGAAAACUGCAUGUAAUCAUUCUAAUUUAAUCUUCAAAAACCGUGUAUUUAUACACUUAUUAGA